AUGGCAUCACCGGGUGACACUUUGAAAAAUAGUCUAUUUGGACAACUUAAAUCAUAUAGUAAUGCUGUUCAUGAUGUUUUUGAACAACGUAUUGCACGUCCAUUACUAGCGUUUAAACGUGAUUUAAGUCGUCCUAUAUCUGAAGCUCGUGUACCAACUAAUCACGAAUCAUUAUCAUCAUCAAAUCGUACAUGUCAAGAAUCUUCAUUAUCAUCAUCACCACUUGAAAUAAUUGAUGUUGAUACAAAUAAUUCAUUUAAAUCUUUAUUUGAUAAAGUACGAAAUUCUUUAUCACCAUCAAUUAAACGACGAACAUCCGAAAAUCCAACAAAUGUUGAAACAAAAAAUAUAUUAAAAGAAAAUCAAAAUUUAUCUGUAAAUAUUUCAACAAAUAAACAAUCACAAAAACAUCGUUUACGUCAAAAAAGUGUUUCAUUUGCUGAAAAUAUUGCUACUGAUAAUGAUAGUGACAGUUAUAGUCAAUAUUCAAUUGAUGAUCGAAAUGAAAUUGUUCGAAAUGCUCAAACACUUGCUGAUAAAAUAUUAAUUGCAAGUAUUGAUGCAACAGCAGCAACUAAACUAGAAACAACAGAUAAAUUAUCAAAUAAUAGUGACGAUGAUUUUGAACAAGAUUUUCAUCAAACAAUAAAACCAAGACGUAUAUCAAUAAAUAAUGUAGAAGAAUUAGUUUAUCAAGAUUUAUCAGCUGAAAUUGUUGCUUAUGUAUUAAAACAUGCUUUAAGAACAUUAAAAAAAGAACAACAUGAAUUAACUAUCAAUCAGAAUAAACAAGAUGAAGAUUUUAUUGAUUUAAAAUAG